AUGUCGGAUGACUCUUUGGCGAACAUACUGAUGAUAGAAGCUGAGCAGCUGCUCGAAAUGUACAAUGAAGACCAAAGCCAAGAGAAUCUUCUAAACAACGCUGUGCAGGGCGCAAAAAGAGCAGUGCAGAUUACGAGGGCGAACCAUGUCACUGGCCUAUCUUUACUGGCGACCUGCCUCUACCAUCGAAUCCAAAACCGCUUCUCACUCGAUGACUUUGAUCAAGCCCUCGAGGCCGUACAGGAGAUGAGCAGCCUAGCUCAUGAUGACCCCGAGAGCCAACUCGAGGCGUCGCAGCUUCUGACAAAGCUCUACAAGCAAAGGUUUGAUGCCUUGGGGGAACUGAGUGACCUGGACGCAGCAAUUGCCUUUGGACGGACCUGUGCGAAUUCGACAGCGAUUGAACCUUCGCAACGACUGAUACAUUUGAUCAAUCUUUCGACACUGCAGAGUGAUAGAUUUGAGCUUUUACGACGAGCGGAUGACGCUGAGUCGGCCGUGGAUUCCGCACGCCAGGCUGAGGAGUUGGCCAGUGGAAUGAAUCCAGCAGAACAAGCUUCAGCGGCUGCGGCUGUGGGCGCUGCGCUCUUGAGGCUGUGCCUGGCAGGCCGGCAAUUGGGUGGAGUUGAUCAGCUCAACCCUGCGAUUGAGAAAAAUCAAUAG